GCGCACUGACGACAGCGGUUCGAACUCGAAUGCUCCUGUAGCUGUUAGUUAUUCUUAACUUUCAUUCUCGAUUGCGAUUGCGACCCUCACCGCACCAAAUAUAUAGUUGCAUUCAAAAGAAAACGCAACUCAACUGCAUUCAGUACUUUUAGAAAUCCCAGCGGAUAGUUUUAGUCACUCAGCGGAGGAUAUUCAGUUUUCCUUACAACAAUUACAGUAAAACAUAGAAAACUAGUCAAUUAUGGUGAAUGCAUACGACGGUGUGCUGAUUCUCGCGGACGUGUGUCUGCUGUUUGUCAAAAUAUUCUUCAGUAUUUUGGAGAGUACGUACCGGCUGUUCGUGCCGGUGGAGGAGAAGAGUGUUGCUGGAGAAAUAGUUCUGAUUACCGGCGCUGGUCACGGAAUUGGACGUGAAUUGGCAUUGAAAUAUGCAUCUCUGGGUGGUACUGUAGUGUGCUGGGAUCUCGAUCCCCAGGGGAACAGAGAAACCGUUGACGAAGUCAUGAAGCUUGGUGCUACUAAGGCGCAUGCAUAUAAAUGUGACGUAACGAAUCGCGAAGAGGUAUUCAAAGUAGCCGAAAGAGUAAAAGCAGAAGUUGGAAAUGUCACGAUUCUCGUGAACAAUGCAGGUAUAAUGCCCUGCCAACCAUUUAUGGAUCACACACCCGAAGUAAUACAGAAGCUAUUCGAUGUAAACGUGAUGGCGCACUUCUGGAUGCUGCAAGCAUUUCUGCCCACGAUGAUCACCAAUAAUCACGGUCACGUCGUGGCCUUGUCCUCAAUAGCUGGCAUCGUUGGCCUCACGAAUGUGGUCCCCUAUUGCGCCAGCAAAUUUGCUGUUAGAGGUCUGAUGGAGGCCCUCACUGAUGAAAUUAAGAAUACGACGGGGAGUCGAGGAUCCAACAUCAGAUUCACUACUAUUUAUCCUUAUAUGGUCGAUACUGGAUUGUGUAAAAAACCAAAGAUUAGAUUUCCAAGUUUGAUGGCCCUCGUUCCACCGAAGGAAGCUGCGGCGCAGAUUGUGACCGCCCAGAGGCGAAAUUACGCGGAGGCAUCGAUUCCACGACAUUGGCUGACGGUUAAUACGACUUUCAGGAAUUUCCCUGAGAAAGUUUGGAGCCUCAUCAAAACAUUUUUGGACAGCGGCCUUGAAGCCCACACAUAAAACAUCUUACAGUAAAAAAUUAUUCAUGCAAAAAUUUCUCGUCCACACACGAUAAAAAAAAAUUCGUCGUUUAUGAAUAACCCUGUGAGCAAUGGAAGGAUUGUGAUUCCCAAAUUUGUAUGCAAGAGGGUAGAUAUUGCGCAUACAUAUCUUCUUGCUCACCGAAUGUUGAGUAUUCAAGUGUGCCUUGUUGUAAAUAAAUAAACCACAUUAAAAAUGUACGUAGCUUGAAGUGCCUGCACAAACAUGUAAGAUUUUUAUUAAGAGAGCGUUGAGGUACAUCUGUUGAAUUUUCUUAUUUUUUAAUAAUAUUAUAAAAUUUAUUGUAUCAAAAAAUAUAUAAAUUUAGAUGAUGUAAACGCAACAAACCA